AAAGCAAGAGAACUGAUUACAAAAGGAGGCCAUCAACAGAGUUUGCUUUAGAUACAGCCCGAUAUCAACUAAAUGUGGUAGAGACCUUUAAGAAGACAAGAGAAAAAUGUAUAAGCUCGAUCUUCCUGUGGAUAUGAAGGAAAGCGCCGCCAUAGAAAGGCGGCGAAAUCGGGAGUUGCAGCGGCAAAGUCGAAUAUUCAACGCCCGAGUACGAACCAUCGGGAUUGACCUAAAUGCACUCAGUGAGCAAGUGAGUGACCGUACAAGACGCGAAGUUGAAGAGCAAAGACGACACAAUGCUUUUGCUGCUGACAUGACAAGAAAUGACAAGAUCGCUGCUUUACUUCAAAAGCGCCAAGAGCAUGACAUUCGUGAGCUGAACAAGGCUGUGAAUGAGUUCCGCCAUUCACAUCAACAGCCAGAUGGUCGACGAGAGUUUGACCUGAAUGAUCCUGAUAGUUUGAAGAAAGACAAGCCAGCCAGGGUCUCAGAUGAUGAUCCACGAUGUGGUGUAGCAUCACUUCAGAAAUUUGUUGGUGAAGAUUUGAAUGGCAAGGCACGUCAAAAGUUACAACAAGAACAGGCCCGGGAAUGGAUUAAACAGCAGACAAAUGAAAAGGACCAAGCCCUUGCAAAUCAGAAGUAUGCAGAUCACUUGUAUGAUUUGAAAGCUAGGGAAAUGGACCAAAGGGCCUGUGAACUUGCAAGUGCAGAAGCAGAUUGUCGCCGUGCAAUAAACAUGGCAACUAAAGACGUGAAUUUAGCUUUGAAGAGAGAGAGACAAGCCAAGGAAGAUGCAGAAAAGCAACAGGAACAAGAUGACAACUUUACUGAAAUUUCUAAUUCUGUGUUUGGCGACAUGCUUACAGAAAACCCUGAUGUGGCCCAGAGUGCCUUUGGACCACACAGAGUUAUUACUGAUCGGUGGAAGGGCAUGAGCCCAGCUCAACUUGCUGAAAUAAGGCGCAUUCAAAAGGCACAGAUGGACGAUAAGGAGAGGCUGAAACAGCAAGAAGAAGAGCAGGAAAAAGAAUACAACAGACUGAGGCUGACACAAGCCAAGGCAGCAAUACUGGCUGAGCGUAGCAAUGAAAGAAAGAAAAAGGAGAUAGACAGAGACCAGGCUGAUGAGAACAGAAGACUGUCAGCUGAACAGAGGGCAAAGCUUGAAUACUUGGACCAAGAGGUCUACACUAAUGCUCCUACAGCAGCGUACUUUAUGCAGUUCAACACAAACAGUAGAUGAGACAUUCUUGUCAGUUUAAUACAUUGUAGUUACGAUGUCCACUGCAAAACCUUUCGUUGACUUUUUGUGUAUUUUAAAAGAUCAUAAAUUGCAUCUGGGAGCGUCUUGCUAAGGUUUGAGAAACUCAAAUGAUGUGAACAAAGCUUCAAUCUGCAAGGUGUCUGCCAUUUUAAAGAAUUUUAUUUAGUCUUCAGAAUUUUAUUUACACUGAAUGUAUAUCUUUAUGUACAUGGCAAUAAAUUUAAGAAAAUUUGUGACUUCAGAGUCAGUUUUAAAUGUACGUGUUUAACCAACUCUGAUGUAAACCUUGGGGGAACUCCCAUACAAAAGUGAUGAUGAAAUUGAUGGAAAUUUUAAAAAGAACCCCAAAAAGGUAGUAGAAUAUCAUUUCAUGGGCAUAGCUUGACACAUUUAAGCCCACAAGGCAGACCAUAACAGUUUUCUUUACCUUUCCAAUAAUAAUAUGUCAAAGUUCUAAGAGUAAUAAAAUAAUUACAUUUUUUUUAACAUUAACAUAUGGCCUAACCUAUUUGAUAAGUGAAACAUCAUAAUAACUAGUAAGUGAAGAACUUACUAUCACUAGCAAUAUUGCUCUGCACAUUAAAAUUUUGCCUGGAGAACUACUCCUUGACUGGACAAGACAUUAAUAUUUCUGAAAUAAUAAAACAAAAUUUUAAAUCACUUUUGUCAAAGAAAAUAAAAAAACAGUAUUAAUUUCAUAAUAUUUUCAGUAAUUACUACUAAGAUGUUGUUAUCCACUUCAUGUGAAAAUUUAGAAGCCCUAGAGCUGAACUUCAUGGGAACUAUCACUUGCAAUAAAAGCAUGUUAAGGUCAUUCCACUGAAA